AUGUGGAGAGGGAGAGCUCGCCUGAGCUCAGUGAUCCAAGCAGUCCCUCUGCUCCGUCACUCUUCCACCGUGUCGCAGCCAACCAGCGGUUGGACCAUCCAUCCCGCCAAUGCCGAUGCAGCCAAGGACCAGGUCGCCCAGCUGGCGGCGAGUCCUCGCCGAGCGUUGACGCUGGCAGAUUUACUGAGACAUGGCCGCCCGCCAUUGUCCAAGGGCGCCCUCCUGGCCUCAGCCAACUUCACUCUUUCCCUUCUUCCGGCUCGACUGGCCUCCCGAAUCCAAGCCCUGCGCAACCUCCCCUUUAUCGUGGUAUCGAACCCACAUGUAUCGAAAAUCUAUCACAAUUACCUCCACUCCCUCUCGACCCUGCUCCCGUACCAGCAACGACAGAUCAGUACCCUGGAAGAGGAGAAGCAGUUCGGAGACGUCCUCGCAGAUCUCGUACAGACCCACACCAACACAAUCCCGGUCCUGGCUCGUGGGUUUCUCGAGUGUCGGAAGUAUAUCAACCCGGGAGAUGUGACGCACUUCCUGGACACGCACCUACGAGCGCGCAUCGGAACGCGAUUGAUUGCUGAGCAACACUUGGCUCUCCAUUUUGCCUCACAGCCUAUCAGCGAUGAGCCAACUACAGACACCUCCACCAAGGAAUCGGUACCAUCGAAUUACAUUGGGGUCAUUGACACGGCCCUUCAACCUGCGCGCAUUAUUCGCUUGUGCGAAGACUUCGUGGGAGAAAUUUGCGAGCUCAAAUACGGAGUACGGCCCCGUCUGAAGAUCGGCGGAGAACCAGAUGCCUCUUUUGCCCAUGUGCCAGUGCAUGUGGAGUAUAUCAUUACUGAGUUAUUGAAAAACGCUUUCCGGGCUACCAUUGAGUCUGGGAACGAGCGUGAACCCAUUGAAGUGACAAUCGCUUCCGCCCCUGAUGUUCCUGGCCAUGUACGACCUAUUCAGGGAGACGCCGAUGAGGGAUUCCAGCUCGAGAGCCUGGCUGAGGAAGCCACUACACACGACGCUAUUCAAUUCCCAAACCCAGCAUCACAAUGUAUCACAAUCCGCAUCCGCGAUCGUGGUGGCGGCAUCCCACCUGAGGUUCUGCCUCAUAUCUGGUCGUACAGUUUCACCACCUUUUCGGACAUGGAUUUCCAGAACUCGGUCAACGGUAACAUGGAUGCGCUGAACACGAUUGCUGCCAGUGGCGGCCACUUGAGCAGUAUUGCCGGUCUGGGUUAUGGAUUGCCGCUGAGCCGGGCAUACGCCGAAUACUUUGGGGGCAGCAUCGCCGUGCAAAGCCUUUGGGGAUGGGGUACAGAUGUUUAUCUGACCUUGCAAGGAGUGGGGAAGAUCGAUUGA